AUAUAACAGUUGGUAAGAUUGCUUAUGCUUUUCGCGAUUACGGUGUUGUGUGUAUAAAGUGUAAAAAUUUGGAGAAAAAUAGUUAACUGAACAUAUCUCUAUUAUAUUUAUUAAUUUAGAUUUAGAUGAAGGUUAAAUUAUGCCAAGAAAAGACAAAUACGAAAACAACGGGGGUCCUUCAAAUCGUCGGACACAUACUUACAUGUCCCCAGAGGACCAAGCGAGCGGCAAAAAGUCCUAUUGGACCGAGCUGGAGAUAACGGGGACUAUCCGCAAUUUGAGUCCCAAUCUCUUCCAGUUAACGCACCUAACGGCUUUGUACCUAAAGAACAAUCAGUUAAUGAGACUGCCACCGGACAUUUGUAAUUUAGUGAAUUUAAGGCAUCUCGAUGUGAGUAAUAAUAAAUUAAGAUCAUUACCCGCGGAAUUAGGUGAACUUAUCCAUCUCAGAGAAUUAAAUUUAGCAAACAACUGUUUGAGAAUUUUGCCGUAUGAACUCGGUAAACUUUUCAAUCUCCUCAGUCUGAAUCUAACAGGGAAUCCUUUAAACAAGGAUAUACUCACAAUAUAUUCUGAACCUAAUGGUACCGUUAAGCUGUUAACUUUUAUGCUGGAUAAUUUACAAGUUACGACACCUUCUCCUCCGCCACGGCCGUGGAUUCCUUUGGCGAGGCCCACUACAAACAGACCAACAUGUAUAUUCACUGUGAUGUGUUACAAUGUUCUAUGUGAUAAAUACGCCACCAGGCAAAUGUACAGUUACUGCCCUAGUUGGGCUCUCAAUUGGGAUUAUAGGAAAAAGGGCAUCCUAGAAGAAAUCAAACAUUAUGGUGCUGAUAUCAUCAACCUACAGGAAGUCGAGAUGGAGCAGUUCUACAAUUAUUUUCUACCAGAACUUAAAAUGGACGGGUACAACGGCAUUUAUUCCCCAAAAUCUAGAGCUAAACAUAUGGCGGAAAGCGAAAGAAAAUACGUCGAUGGAUGCGCCAUUUUUUAUAGGGUAUCCAAAUUCACUUUGGUGAAAGAGCAUUUGGUUGAAUUCAAUCAAUUGGCGAUGGCCAGCGCGGACGGUAUGGAACACAUGUUGAAUAGAGUUAUGCCGAAGGAUAACAUCGGAUUGGCGGCAUUACUGCAAACAACGGAAGCGGCUUGGGACAACACUCCGUCCGAUGCGCCUUUCCUCCAACAACCGAUUCUAGUUUGUACAGCCCACAUACAUUGGGAUCCGGAAUUUUGUGACGUAAAACUUAUCCAGACGAUGAUGCUUUCCAACGAGCUCAAAGCCAUUUUGGAGGAAUCUGCUCAAACUCUAAAAGCGCACGAUAUAAACACCGAUUCGAGUAACAUCCAACUCGUAUUGUGCGGGGAUUUCAAUUCGUUACCGGAUUCCGGCGUCACCGAAUUUUUAGGUACCGGUAGGGUGUCUAUGGAACACAAAGACUUCAAGACCUUCAGUUAUAAAGCGUGUUUGGAGAAAGUGCUCAGCUGUGAUAAACCGAACGAGUUUACGCAUUCCUUCAAAUUGGCAUCGGCAUAUAACGACGAAAUAAUGCCUUUCACUAAUUACACGUUCGAUUUUAAGGGUAUUAUCGAUUAUAUAUUCUAUUCGAAACAAACCAUGACGCCUCUAGGUUUGCUGGGUCCACUUUCUCAGGAAUGGUUGCAACAAAACAAAGUCAUAGGCUGUCCUCAUCCUCACAUCUACUCCGAUCAUUUUCCAUUGUUGGUCGAAUUGGAAAUGAUGCCGACCAUUACAACAGCAAUGAAUGGACUAAUCGGUCAUAGAUAUCUGCCCAAAGAUGUGCGAGUACCGCCUAACAAAUUUUUAAUCAAACAAAAAUAUAAGACAGAAACCUUAAAAUCAUCUCAACCGUCCCAAAAAAUACCAAAUCCCAUUGUCGAUUUGGACAAUAGAUUAAAGAGAUUUACAAACAGUUCAAAAACUUUUUCAUGAGAGUCGUCGCUGUGAGAUUUGUUGUGUUUUUUUUUUAGGUCAUAAGUCUGAUGAUUUUUUUUUUCAAACGCAAUGGUUGUUCUAUUUGAAAUUCCAAAAAUUUAUUUUUAAAAUGCGACAAAGUCCUUCAAUGAUGGCUGAAUCGGUUCAAUUGGAACGCCAAUGAUUUUAAUUAUUAUUUAAAAAUAGAUUUUUUUGGAAUCUUGAGUAACUCUUCAUUGUUCAACUGAAUAAAUAACUGUGUUAAGUGUAAUAAUAGUUUUAAGGUAGUGAAUAUCAGUACAACGACCGUACAUUUAACACAUUUUACACCAAUAUACCAUCCCAUCGUAGACCUAACCGAACCCCCUGUAUUCACUUGACAAGCAUCAAUAUACAGACCGUCCCGUCCAAAAGUCCUUUAAUACAAACAAAAUAAAAAUGAUUAUUUUCUAAAAAUCACUAUUCUUGAAUGUACUCAUUCCUUUUUCGGCAUAUCCGUUAAUGAUGACUAAAAUUUUCCAUCAUGCAAUGUCCCAGACAUUCCUUGUCAAAUAUUUCAUUUCUUUUAAUGCAUUAACCGCCGUUUUGUUUCAUAAACUUUAGUUUAAAGAUAACCAUAUAAAAAAAUCCAUAUAACUCAGAUCCUGACUUCGUGGCGACCAAGGAAAAUAGCGUUGAAGUAUGAUCGAUUGACGCCUCUUCUUUCAGAUCCAUUCUGGGUAUCGAAAACUGCAAAAUUCUGUUAUUUUGGUGUAAAAAAGUCGCCAUAGGGCUCUUGGUAUUCGCGUUUGAGGUUUCCCCUACUCUCAUAGCCUGUUGAUGUACAAGUGAGCCUCAUCAGAGAAUAACAUGUUGAACGUUAAUGCUCUGCAACGCUUAGGAAUGUAUUUAGUAGGAUUUUCCCUUUCCCUACGUCGAUGUUUUCGUUUGUGACGUCCUUGAUCGAUCUGAACGUUGUUUAUCCAAGUAGAACCAGUCUCCUCGAAGUUGUGAACUAAAUUCUUAAUCGUUUGAAUGGUGUAAUGGUGUGGAUUUUAUUCAAAAUUAAAAUUUUAAAUGAUUUAUGGCACAAUCUGUACUUACCUCUCCCUAACCAUAUUUCCAGGUUGCUAUGUCUGUAUGCCGUUUCUCUUUUUUUUUUUUUUGUUUAUUUCCGUUUCUCAUAUUUAUUCCAUCUUAUUUCAUUUUCACUUAACUAUUCUUAGAUUAUUUUUGCACUUCACUCACUACAUUUAAUUCUUGUUAAAUUGUCCCUUUACAUCCUCUCUAUUUUUCUCAUUUCACACUUUAAUAUUUUUCGCCUCAAUCUGUUUAGCACAAACAUCAAUGUAAACUAUUGAUAAAGUUCAAAUUUUGCCAAAGCUUGCACUUGAUUAGAGUAGAUGGGCCAUAAAAGGAUUUUUACUGGUGAAAUGAGGCUUAUAAUUAGCUCUAAAAAUAGGUUAUGUACAUUUUUUUACGUAAAUCUUUUCUUUUGUUUAUUAUGAACCAAAAUAUCUUAGCAGGAAUCAAAUUUAUUAAUCUUCUUCUUUGUUUCCAACAUGGAUGAACAUAUUAGUAGACUAGUCCGGCAUUCUCGACAUCCUUUAGGUUAGGUUAGGUCUUCUUUCAAUUGGGUUGUUCAUUUUUGUAUUCUUAACAAGUCUACUGCCUUUAUUCCACUUUUUGUUCGAUAUCCUCAUUUCGUUAUACCUUCCAGGUAUCCCAAAAUUCAAGUCGCUUUACUGACCUAACCUAAUCUUCUUCUAGUUUGCUCCCCCUCCCUGCGUCGGUUUGUCAAUUUGAGUCCUGGCGCGAAAUUUUGGGUCAUACCAAACAAAACAAUAGUUUAAUUUUUUGUUAAAAAGUUUUUCCUCUAAUUAAGGACAAGCUUUGAUUAUUUUUGAAACUACCCCUUAACUGUUUUAUUUUUAAUAGAUUCUUCGAAUAUACAAAACUGUGAUACAUUGAAAUUUCAUCUAACAUUAUCAAUCAAUUAAUAUGUGUGUUAUUUAACCGGUAGUUGUGCUAUUAGUCACUUGCAGUUUUUUUUUUUUUUAAUUAAUUUUUUUGUGACAUUUCUUAGUAGAUAAUUUUGUAUUAGUAAAUAUAGUGCACAGAAGUUACUGAGCAACAUUUAGAAACGGUUUUCGUAAUAGUCCGAGAGCUUGCAAUGAAAUUGUAUGUUUUAUUUUGAUUCUCCUAUUGUGUACUUUUUGAUUAUGUAAUUUUUACAAUACUUUCAUUUUCUUUUUCGAAAGUUGAUUAUUGUGUAAAAAAAAUGAAUCGUUUUUAAUCUAUUUAAUCAUUAGAGAUAGUUUUGUAAUUUUGAAAAAAAAUCUACAUCCUACUAUAUAAUAUCAUGUAGUUUUGUUGCCAGCUUAACGUCUAUAAUUAUAUUUUUCUUCUAUAUUUGUAGAAAAGCUAUUUUAAAAUAUUUUUAUUAGAAAGUGAUAUAUACUUGUGAUUUUUGAAAACCAUUUCUAAUUGUACAGUUCUUUUAUUAUUUUAGAAAAAAAAUAUACAGGAUAUUCUGUAUUUUUAAUUAAGGAACAAAAUAUCUUCUACAAAUUUAGGACAUCCUGUGUGUUACUUUAUAGUAAGUUUUACUUUCCAUUAUUUUCUUUUUUCAAUAUUGCUCAUAAUAACACUAUAAUCAAACUAAUAUACUUAUUUUUAUACCAGCGAUAGCAUCUUUCGAUUAAUGUGUAAUGUAGCAGAUUAUCUUCGUCUACCUCCAAUACAGACUGUUCAUCCCUUCUAACAUUAAAAGAAAAAAACUAUUUAUAUGAUAAAUUAGCUGUGUUAUAGGAAGCUCUUUUAAAGAACACUUUGUAUAAAAAAUCGUUUAAAUAGACAAUAAUAACGAAUUUCUAUUUAUUUCUCAUUAUGUGCCAAUCGGAAAACCUUUUCGUACUAUCCUAUUUAGAUGGAGCCUUUAAAAUGUGAAGGGGUUCAAGUGAACAUCAAUUUUAAUCACAAAGGGUGUCAAUUUAAAUAUUUUGAAAAAGAAACUUUAUUUCAAAACAAAAAAAAAUGAAUUAAUAGAAACUUUACUGUAACUUAUAACACCCGUUCCACUGUUUUUCUAUUUUAUGUUGUAGAUGGAAAACCGAAAUUAUAUACAGCAAUUUAACACCGAUUACUUUUGUUUUCUACAGAAUUUUACAACGUGGUUAGUCGUCUAGGCCAAGUGCCAGAGCAAAAAAAGUGUCCUCGGGGGUGUCCCCUGAAUAUAAAUCCACGUUUCAUCGAAUAUCUCGCUAACCCCGCAUCGUACGACAAAAAUAGUGGAAAUCAUUUUUAUAGAUAAUAAUUUUUUCCAUAUUUUUCAUUUGAAACUUUUUUUUGUGUAUAACGUAGGUUUUUAAUUAUAGCGCUCCAAACUUUUUACAAUACGAUUUUUACUGAACUCUUUUAUUUUGAGUCUUUGAACCACAACAUCAUUUAAAAGUUGCCAGAGACGUUUUUAUAAAUGAAAGUUCCAAAGUUGCUUAUAUUGGCACGUUGGCAUCAUAAAAAAAAACUCUUAGGCAGUUUUAUAUUGAGUCCUUGAUCCACAACGCCAUCCCAAAUUUACCUGAGACGCAUUUCUAAGUAUAAGAUCCAAAUUCGCUUUUCUUGGCACUUGCUAGCAUUGUGAAAAAACUCUUAAUACAGUUUUAUUCGAGUCCUCAACCCGCAACAUCAUUUGAAAGUUGCUUUUCUUGCAGACUCUUCAAUAUCCAUAGAAACAAGCAAGCAGCACAUUUCCUAAACACAAUUGAAAUGACGGCGUCUUUUUUAUUUAUAAACCAGUUUAUAUUAGUAGCCAUAACGUUGGCAACAAUGCCAUUCGCAACAACCUUGUAAUUAUUUGAGUAUUAAUAUGUUUCAAAAUAAGGCAGUUGUACAAAAAAUAUUGUAUGACAUUCGUGUUGAAAGUGACUUUAUUUUGUGAAAUUGUUGCUCUGCUCAUUUCACCAACAAAAUAAAAUCACUUUCAACACUGAGUAUAAUUAUUUUCCUAUAAAUAUAUAAUUAUUUAUUUAAAUCCAGUGAUGGAUUUAAUAAUUGAUAUAAAAUUGUCGUUUUAGAAUGGAGGUCCAAGAUACUUCUGCUUCGUCACAUACUCCAAGAGCAACAUGAAGUAUAACACUAAAAUAUGCUUUCGAUAAAUAAUUUAUUGACCGAACGCACAAAUUAAUCCAUUUUAUACAGAGUGGAAAAGGAAUUAUUAUACUAAGAAUUUAACCGAACCGGUGCUGGUUAAUUGUUCGAAAACAUAUUUUAGUAACAAAGUUUUUUAACUCGCAUCAUUUUUUUUUCUCAAAUAAUUAUCAUUAAAAAUAAAAGUACAACGAUUUUGUAUUGUAUUUCUUGUAAUUCACAAAUUUUACGUUAGGUACUUAAAACUUAAUAUUCGUAACAUUGUUUUUAAGAUCUCAAAUGUUUAUUUGUAGGACUAUUUUAAUCGAUUUGUUGUCUUUCUUCAGUAGUGCUUACGGUAUCGGACAAUGGUUUUAAUGAUAAUUUAAGUUUUUAAAAAGUUAGGUGUUCUUCAUUGAAUAUUUAUGUAAAAUAGAUAUUAAUAAAAAGAAACUUGGACCAUA